AUGCAUACAAAACACUCUAAUACAGAAAGAAUGAAAAGAAGUGCAGAAAUAGCUUAUCUCAAAGAAUAUUAUCCACAAAAUUUAGUUCGAUUUCAUAAAAUAGGUGUAAAACUUCAAAACGCACCAGAAAAAGAAAAUGAAGUUGUUGUUGAACUUGAUGUACAUUUUCAAAUUGAUGGAAAAGAAUAUCUUGUUUUUUUUAAUAACCAUUUAAAGGAAAUAAAUACAGUUUUAAAUCCUUUAUCUUCAAAAGCAAAAGAAGAUGAAAGAAUUUAUCGACUAGCAUAUCAUGUUUAUAAAACAAAAGAAUUAAUUGAAAAAUAUGGAAGUGAAAUACAAACAGGUAAAAUAUGUGCUAUAUGUAUUGAAAAGAAUUUCAAUGGGAAGAGUGAAUGUAUGACAGAUUGUUUUAAUGAAUUUUAUCAAGAGGUAGAAGCAAUGCUUUAUAAAACAAUGUCAUCUUACGAAAAAAGUAAAGAUGAAAAAUUGAAUGAUUUAAAUACAUUUUUAUAUGGGUGUGAGAAAAUAAUUCAACCAACAUUAAAUGAAUGGAGAAGAAUGUGUUUUUGUUUUGUAAUUAAUAGAGUGAAUUAUUAUCUUACAAGAGAAGAAGAAUUAUUAAGCGACAAAUCAUAUGAAGAAUUAAAAACAAUGACAAAUCUUAGGAAAAGAUUGAAUCAGCUUGCUAUUAAAUACAAACAUUUGUAUUUAACAAAUACACAAAGUCUUCUUGGAAUUAGAAUAAGUCGAUGUAAAAUUCUUGUUGAUAAUAGUAAAUGUAAAACAAUAUUUAUUGAAAGUUCAAAUGUCAGAGAGUUUUAUAAAAAGAUUAAUAAAAGGUUAGAUGCAGAAGUACAGAUUCUUACAAACGAAUAUUCAUUCAGUAAAUUCACAUUAGAAAAGAUUAUAAAAACAGCACAGAGUUUAAACCUAGAUAACAUUCAAGAUUCAAUAGAUAAAAAGAAAAAAGAAAUCAAUGAAAAAAAAGAAGAAAGAGAAAAGUUAUUGGGAAAUGCAGCAACUGAAAUAUUGCCGUUUCAAUUUAUAAUAUUGGUUCAUUGA